GACGGCCAAGCCCCUGCCUCCGGUCCUGCUACCACUCCACGUCCACUCGAGCCCCCCUUCCCCAGCUCUAGACUACUCGCUCGCGCUCACUCAGUACUCGUCGUGGUCGCUCCCUCGGCCUCUCGUCGUCGGGCUCGACUCGUUCUGCUUCUGCUCCUCGUGUGUUGCUGUGAGUUCCGGACUUGGCUUGGGCCUGCCUGCCUGCUUAUCCAUCUGCCAGCCGAGACCGCCAUCCCGCCCGCCCGCCCGCCCGCUCGCUCGCUCGUCGGUCGGCCCCUCCACCCCAUAGCACAGUUGAAGAGUAGAGAGAGCGAGCCGGGAGAGUCGGAUUGCAGUUGUGCUGCUGAGCUCUGAGUUGGGCUGUGACAGAGGGAAGGAGUGAGAGUGCGAGAGAGGAGCGAGGCAGUCUCAAAGAGGAAGCAGUGCGUCGGGGACUCGGGCAGAGCGCGUUUCCACUUGCCUCGAAAGGGCGUGAGAGGAACGUGUCUGCGGAGGCCUGAGACUGCGGCUACAGCUGCUCGUCGCAUUGCGGAGGACAGCAGGAGGCAGAAGAUCCCGCUGUGGGGACGCUGGCUGGCUGGCCAGUCGAGAGCAGUGCAGACGGCACUGAAUCGGCAGGUGGACGAGGGAGCGUGCUCGUUGUUGAAAUCCCGGUAAUCUGUGCCGAGCAAGCCAGCGCUGUCGAUUAUUAGUACGCCUCUCUUUCGAGCUGAAUCAAUUGGAUCGCAAGGAGAGACGAAGGGCGAGUGGGAGUGCGACCGGAGGAACAGGGCGAGGUGCUAAGGCACAGUCGCGCUGUGCCUCCUGUGAUCGCCCAUUGUUAGCUCGAGUGGAUUCGGACUAUCCCUCCGGUCGAAAAGCGGAUGCUGUAGCGAGACUCGGUGGCCGGACGAGUUGGAAAAUCAUUGGGCGUAGUUGCUAGGAUGUACAGGAUGACUUUACCACUGCAGCAAGUUGCGCUCGCUCCUUCCCCAAUGCCAGGGCACUUCGACGGCGACGCCAACGCUAGAGCAAAUGCAAAACAACUUAUGUUUUUGAAGAACCUUCAGGGUGUUCUUGAUACCAAUGUCGCGGAGUCAGUCGAUGACGAGAAUUUGGAGAAACUUCAGGUCCAAGCCAAAGAGCUGACGAUGAAAGAAGAGCACGAUCACGAGGACCUUACACCUGCGCUGCUGACAGUCAAUGGGAAAGUCUAUGACGUUGCCUCAUUUCUUGAUCUUCAUCCCGGGGGUGCCGAUCUGAUUACGGAACACCUCAACGGCAAGGACGUGGGUCGACUGAUGAAAGGCCUGGAUGAGCCAGGGGCGCACAUCCACAGUAAGGCUGCCAUGAAAAUGCUGGAGCAGUUCGUAGUUCAGAAGAGUGUUGAAAAGAGGGCGGAAGAAACUACCCCUGUUAUUGAGAAGAAAUUUGAGAUUGACCUCACUAAACCUCUCGUCGCCCAGGUCGGAUACCUCGGGAAAGAUUACGACGAGUGGGUUCAUACACCUAUCAUUUGCAAAGAAAGCCCGCGAUUCUUUGAAAGCGACUGGAUUGAGUUCUUGACUCGUACCAAGUGGUGGGUUAUUCCGCUGGUGUGGAUGCCUGUCGUUCUGUGGAGCGAAAUGCGAGCAGUAAAGUUCGGGUUGCCGAUGGAGAUGGUGAUUCCGUACAUGCUUGUGGGAUGUGGUCUGUGGACCAUAGCCGAAUACCUCAUUCACAGAUUCCUCUUCCAUAUGAAAGCUACCACCUACUGGACUGCCAAGGCUCAUUACGUCCUUCACGGUUUCCACCACAAGCAUCCUAUGGAUUCUAUGCGGCUGGUCUUCCCUCCCGCAUUUACAUUCUUCUUCAGCUACGCUCUAUGGUGGCUCAUGAAGGCCAUAUUCCCGAACGGCGUGUCGCAGUCUGUUUCUGGAGGUGGCCUAUUGGCAUACAUCGUGUACGACCUAACCCACUACUUCCUCCACUACGGGAACGCUUUCAGCGAGAGGCUGAGAAGCAUGAAGAGAUACCAUUUGAAUCACCACUUCAAGGUACAGUCGGACAGUUUUGGCAUAACGUCUGAGUUCUGGGACUGGGUUUUCGGAACUCUGCCUGCACAAUACGCAAAGCUGCACUCCCAGUAGAUGAAUACCUGCACCAGUGCUUUGAGGCACCCCCCUGGACACUGUUCGUGCCUUCUACAUCAUGGUACAUAUCGCUCCUCGAAAGCAUUACGAAUCUCAUCGUGUCAGCAAGUCCUUCCACAUUUCAGCGAAUUUCAGCUUGCCGAGGCCAGCUGGAGCCGGAAGGCCGGGAAGGUUGUUUGACACAUGAGGACAUGAUUACUCCACAAACGAUACGUUGGCUCCAGAUGACGAGAUAUUGGGUCCCGCCUGGAGGUUUCACUCCCUUGGAAGAAAGGGAUGUGGAAGAGUUUUGAAGAAAGGUUAAGAAUCCGGAGGCUUGUUUCAAACCUGGUAUACUCAAUUAUGUGAUAUUAGCUUAUGAACGUCUCUCAUCUCCAUUUGCGUUAUCUCACUGUGAAUAGUGCUGCUAUUGUACACAAGCUUAGCGAAGAGACAAGCUUCCUUUACUCUUACUGAAAUCCUCCGAGAUUCUCCUUCCGUAGACCGAGAUAGGUUGUCCAGUACUGUUCUGUACUACUAGGACAAAGUCAUUUUUUACGACAAUUGUGACCUAUUAGAUGAUGCCCCAAUUUAUUCACUCAAGAAGUGUCCUUCUCAGGACCAGUAAUAAAUGUACUGAUUUCUAAUGG